AUGAUAACAUUAGCACGUUUUGUUGCCUUGUUAUACUAUGUAUUACAUGUAGGCGAUUGUGGAACAUUACCAGCUGCACAACAAGCUGAACAAACACUCAUAACAUCAUUGCUAAAUGCAUACAAUAAAAAUAUAAGGCCAGAAGAACUAGUCUCUGUUUCUAUCACCGCUGCGCUAAAACAAAUUUUGACGUUAGAUGAAAAGCAGCAAAUCAUGACAUCAAGUUCAUAUAUUUCACAAACAUGGAACGAUGAUCGACUAAGUUGGACACCAAAUUCUUCAAAUAAUAUUGAGGUAGUUAUGUUACCAGUUAAAAGCCUGUGGUUACCAGAUACAAUGAUAUUGAAUUCAGGAGAUACAAGUGGUUAUCUCACAGUGAGUGAUUAUAGUUUGGCAUCCGUUUUAUACACCGGGAAAGUAAAUGUAAUAUUGCCAACAUUAGCCAUAAAAACAAGAUGCAAUUUGUAUGUUCGAAAGUUUCCGUUUGAUCAACAACUAUGUACCAUUAAUUUAACAUCAUGGAGUCAAGGAGCAAAUAGAGUCAUAUAUAUAGAAAAUAGUAGUGAAGUAUUGGAUCUUACAGAAUAUAGUGAACAUCCGUUAUGGAAAUUAACUGGCACAGAUGUGAUCCUGAUAGAAGCAGGAGAUAGGGCACCCUUUGAAUCUACAUACAAUGAUGUCAUAUCGAUACAACUAUAUUUAGAAAGAAAACCAUUAUAUUUUAUGAUGAAUGGUAUAUUUGCAUGUUUGGUCUUAAAUUGUGUAACGUUGUUAUCCUACUAUAUACCUUUUGGAACGCAAAUUGGCCUAUGUAUGACAUGUUUUAUGACAUAUUCCGUUUAUUCACUUAAUUUCUCGAGUUUAUUUCCACAACAGUCUGAGUAUUUAAUGAUAAUCACAUUAUAUUUUUUGCUAUCAAUGAGUUGGACAUUAAUAUCAAUGACAUGGUUUAUCAUAUGUAAUCAUUUUCUAGCAAAAGCUGCAAUGCCUGUGCCGCUAGUUAUGUUUUCUGGACUAUUGCAACGACUCUUUGCUUGUUGUCUGAAAUUAUUGGCUUCAUGUACUGCAAGAAUUAAUAGAAUUCACAACUUUGCGAAGAAUCAGCAGGUUGCCAUUGAAGAUGCGGAGUCUACGAAAACAAAACCAAACGAUACCAAUUCUAAUCAAACAGUAAUCUAUCCAAAUUUGGUUUGGGCAUCUAUUAUGGACAGUGUUGUCCAUGCACAACUUGUCUCUAUGAGUCGUGCUUAUCUUUGGGCAUCGUUUAUUACCAAACGAUUUUUAGCUUAUUGUCAAUUUCAAUUAGAAUGCAAUCAAUAUUUUCCAGCUGUUGAACCGCCUCCAAUUAUGGUAUCCAGACUACUUAGAGAAUUGGCUAGAAAUAAUCACCGUUGUGCCAAUGAGUAUUUUUCACGAUAUCAUUUGACUGAUAAAAAGCUUCGUAGUUUAUUCCUCAACAUGAUAGCAUCAAAUGUAUUGUUUUAUGACGGCACUGUUAUACCAGCCAUCAUAUUUCGUUUGAAUCCUUACAAUCAAGAAGAUGUAAUAGUACUGAAAUUUUUCUUCGAAACUACUCUUGGAACACCAGAAAGUACCAGCGAGAAUAACCAAAAUUCGUCACCACUUGUCGAUUCUCUCGUGCUCCUCUUUAAUAUUGUUCAAUCAGGGCUGUGCCUAGGUAAAUAUGAAGACGAAGUUGAUGACGGGACUAUUUUAGCUUGGGAUACAUCAACAUUAAUAUCUGCAGACCACUAA